CUCUCUCUCUCUCUUUUGAUUUCUCUCUCAGCUCUCAAACGACCUCAAUUUCUUUCAGAAUUUGGCUCACAUUUCUUUAAUUCCGGCAAUGUAGGUAAACUCGAUCCUUCCUGCUCUAAUCUUCGCUCGUUCAGGUUUAGAUUCUCGUUUUCGCCGCAAAAAAAAAAACGAUAGGUUUUGGUGUGAAUUAGGCGGCGUGUUGAAUGCUAGGGUUUUAAUCGAUUUCCGGGAAGUGGUUUUGAGCUGGCCCGGAGCUCAGUGGAGCCUCCGCGGGAGUCAAUUUAGGGUUUAAUUUGUUCAACAUUGUCGAAUUAGGGUUUCUUGAGCUGCAAGAUUUGUGUUGAGGGCUUAGGGCCCCCAAUUGGUGGCUUGGAAUGGGUUAGAGGAUGUGGCUUUGAAGCUGAGUGGUGUGUGGUUUUGGUUGGAUUGAUGGGAACAAGUUGGGGAUUUUGUUAUGGUGUCGAAAGCAUUAGGCGUUCAAAUGGGUGUUGGGUGCUGUUCUUGUGGGGAAGACCUGAUAUUGCAACUUGAAUGGCUAGUCCUCAGAGCAUUGGUCCGGCCAACAAGGAUAUUGACCAGGCCAUAGCAGCACUUAAGAAAGGUGCGACUUUGUUAAAAUAUGGGCGCAGAGGGAAGCCGAAAUUCUGCCCGUUCCGGCUUUCUAAUGAUGAGGCUUUGCUGAUAUGGUACUCUGGAAAAGAUGAGAAGCACAUUAGACUUAGUCAUGUAUCCACGAUUAUUCCUGGACAGCGUACUGCUAUAUUUCAGCGGUAUCCACGACCUGAAAAGGAGUACCAAUCAUUUUCACUUCUUUACAAUGAUCGGUCCUUAGACUUGAUAUGUAAAGACAAGGAUGAGGCUGAAGUCUGGUUUGUUGGUCUUAAGGCAUUAAUUAAUCAAGGUUCCUAUCGGAAUUUUAGAAGUGAGUCAAGAUCUGACAACAGCAAAUCAACAAAUACCCCUCUUGCUCAUACUCGAAGAAGUUCUCCAUCAAUUGCACCAUUUAUCUGUGAUGCUGCAGGAGAUGCUGAGGCAGUUUCGUUGGAGACUGCCCGAUCGAAUAGAUUAGGAAGGGCAUUUGCUGACAUAAUAUCAUAUACUGAUGCUACCAAGACUCACGCCGAUUCAGCUUCUGUUUCCUCAUUAUCACCUGCAUCUGUAGAUAAUUCAAAUGGUCGGAGUUCCACAUCUGAAGCAUUUCGAAUUAGUUUAUCUAGUGCUGUAAGCUCAUCAAGUCAAGGUUCUUAUCCGGAUGACUUUGAUGCUUUAGGAGAUGUUUUUAUCUGGGGUGAAGGUAUUAAUGGGGGAACACUAGGAGGCAAUGCAGAUAGAACAGGGAGUUCGGUUGCUUACAGGAUGGAUGCUCUCCUGCCUAAGGCAUUGGAAUCAACAAUGGUCAUAGAUGCUCAAGGAAUCGCUUGUGGUUCUAGGCAUAUAGUAUUGGUCACCAGGCAAGGGGAAACUUUCAGUUGGGGAGAGGAGUCAGGAGGCAGGCUGGGUCAUGGUGUAGAAGCAGAUGUUUCCCACCCUAAGCUCAUUGGCAAUCUUAGUGGCAGGAAUGUUGAAUUAGUGGCUUGUGGGGAGUAUCACACCUGUGCUGUUACAUUUUCUGGAGAGCUCUAUACAUGGGGUGAUGGCACUAAUAAUUUCGGUCUGCUUGGACAUGGAAGUGAAGUCAGUCACUGGAUGCCCAAAAAAGUAAGUGGUCAUAUGGAAGGUAUACACGUUUCUUAUAUCUCUUGCGGACUGUGGCAUACAGCUACUGUCAGCUCAGAUGGUCGGCUGUUUACAUUUGGGGAUGGAUCUUUUGGUGCUUUAGGCCAUGGAGAUCAUAGUAGCACAAGUACUCCACGUGAGGUGGAAACUUUGAGAGGGAUGAGAACAGCAAGGGUUGCUUGUGGCGCGUGGCACACUGCUGCAGUUGUUGAUAUAUUAAACGACUCAUCUAGGCCUGAGGAUUCUGGUAAUUCAACUUCUGGAAAGCUGUAUACCUGGGGGGAUGGAGAUAAAGGCCUACUUGGACAUGGCGAUGAAACUUCUAGACUAGCUCCUGAAUGUGUAGCGACGUUGAUUGAUAAAAAUUUCUGUCAAGUAGCAUGUGGACAUAGUCUCACAGUUUCCCUUACAACCUCAGGUCAAGUAUAUACAAUGGGAAGCACUGCUUAUGGACAGCUUGGUAGUCCUUCAGCUAAUGGAAAAGUUCCCACUCUUGUUGAAGGUAAAAUUGCAGAUAGGUUGGUUGAAGAAAUCGCAUGUGGUUCUUGUCAUGUGGCAGUUUUGACUUCCAAGGCAGAGGUAUAUACUUGGGGAAGGGGUUCAAAUGGCCAAUUAGGACAUGGAGACAGUGAUAACAGAAGGACACCUACUCUGGUUGAAUACAUAAAGGAUAAACAAGUAAAGAGUGUAGUAUGUGGUUCAAAUAUCACUGCAGUCAUUUGUCUUCAUAAAUGGGCAUCUGGGGCUGACCAUUCCGUGUGCUCUAGUUGUCAUAAUCCCUUUGGCUUCAGAAGAAAGCGCCAUAACUGUUAUAAUUGUGGGUUAGUUUUCUGUAAAGCAUGCAGCAGCAAGAAAAUUCUGAAAGCUGCCUUGGCUCCAAAUACAAACAAGCCCUAUCGGGUGUGUGAUGAUUGUUACACUAAAAUAAAGAAAGUUGCAGAAGCUAGCUCUGGUGGACAGAAUCCCAAAACUAGAAGUGGACAAUUACAACAUAAAUCUGGUGAGAUGACAGACAAAGAGACUCUAAUCCCUAAGUUACGGGCAACACUGUCCAGAAUUUCAUCUUUUGGCUCAGGCGCCAGCCAAACUGAAAGCAAGAUUCCCAAGCCUGAACGAAGACCAGAAGCACGCGAUAGUCGUGUCUUUCCUAUGCUAAAUGGAAAUGUGCAGUUAGGAUCAUUUACUUUGUCAAAAACUUCCCUUGAUGGACAUCCAGGAAAGUUCAUGUCAGCUUCCAUGCCUACUUCCAGAAGGUCUUCUCUGUUUGCAUCUCCUGUUUCAGUAAAGUUAAACUCCGAUCAAUCUUCUGAAGACGUCCUUGAGGACCCAAAGUUAGUAAAUGCGAGUUUGAACCAAGAAAUUAUCAAUUUAAAGUCACAGGUAGAAGACCUUACUAGCAAAUCCCAACGACUUGAAGCUGAACUUCAAAAAACAUUGAAGAAAUUAAAUGAGGUCUCUGCAGUAGCUACUGAUGAAGCUGAAAAAUCCAAAUCCUCGAAGGCAGUUAUCAAGUCUCUAACUGCUCAGGUGAAACAGUUGAAGGAGAUGGCUGAAAGAAUGCCAGAAGGACAUGCUGCAAGUUGCAUUUCAGGUUCCAGUGCUUGUGCCAUAACUGGUAGUUCUCUGACAAAUAUAACUAGUCCUCAAAUGGAGUCCAGUGGCAAUUCAAUGGACCGGCUCCUAGCUAAUGGAACUAAAUCACAGAGUGGAAAGUCUGAGCGAGUUAUACAAGAUGAACCUGGUGUGUAUAUAACUUUAUGCUCCUUGCCAGGCGGUGGUAAUGAACUGAGACGUGUUCGCUUCAGUCGGAGACAUUUCACUGAAGAAACAGCAGAGAGAUGGUGGGCUGAUAAUGGGGCGAAGUUGUGUGAGGUGCACAAUAUACAAGGUGCUGAGUAGUAUGUUGUUCGCCGAACAUGUAUGAACUCAUCUCACGACCUUCCUCUCCACGGGAAUGUGUAUAUUUUACCUGUUAAUCAUUCAGUGGAGUUUUGAUCCAAGGAUCUGGAGCUAGAAUUUGCAAGUAGACUGAGAUUUAGAAUGUCAAAACUGUAGCAAGCAGAGAUUUCACAUGGAAAAAAAAAUCUGAAAUGAUAGAGAAAAUUAUAGACAUUCUGCAGGUUUUUUAUUUUCAGUUUAGAACGCUAGAUAUUGU